UGUUAGCGAUUCCUACGAAUAAGUUCGUCUUCUCGAAAGACAAACUAUCCUGGACAGGGAAUCUGGACGAAUUAAAAGCACUCGUUAGCACAGUUGUUGAUAAGGAGGCUUUAGAACAAGCCUUUUGGAAAUCGCCCAGUGGUGGUACUUGGAAGUUUACGAGCGAGCAGCUUCUCGUCACUUGGUAUUCUAAAAGCAAGUCAAUUUAUUUCAAAGGUUCGAGAGCAAGUGAACUAUUAUCGCUGAUUCAGGAUCAACUAUGUCCCUCUAGUGCUAAUAUUCCCGGCAUUAACUGUUCAGAUUGUAAAGCUACUAGAGUCGAGAUGGCUGAAGCAAAGCUUGAAAUUGCUAUGCUUUGGGCAGUGGUGCAUAAACUCGAAGACAUUGUUAAGGCCAACCUGCCUUGUUCUGAUAUUGAACACUUGAAAGCUGAAAUUAAUUUGUUAAAGAAUCAAAAUGAAAGCAUUAAAGAACUCCUAGAAUAUAGUCAAACUUCAUGGGACCAGCCUCGUCAAACAAGUCCAAGGGAAACCGCAAACGAAUCAAGUAAUACGCCUAUUUUCAAUUAUUUUGAGCCCCUCGCUAAUGAGCCGAGUGAAUAUCAAUCCGAUAUAAAUCCUAGCGAUCAAAGCAGUGUCACUGUCCCCGCUUCCUUCGAUGAUCAGAUAGAAGAGUACCGCAACAAUGAGAGACUAAAAUGCAUUGCAUCCGGAACCUUCAAUGCCCGUGAGAGGCCUGCUCUUGAGGAUGACAAUUCAGUUGUCGAAGUUUCGCCAGAUAAGUCCGACGCUCGUCGCUCUAUUCUAAAUCGAUCGACUCAAACGAUUCGGAAGCAUAAACGGCAUAGGAUCAAAUCAGGAAAGAACCGAUCGCAUUGCCAGGCCACCGUUAAGCCAGCUAAUGUUGGGGAGACUAGUUUGGAAAUGGUCACGCAAACAGACACAGACCCAGCGACAAGUAUGACUAACACGAAGAAAGAAAUUUAUAUCAUCGGCGACUCUAUUGUAAAGAAUAUAGACGGACACCGACUAUCAAGUAAGGCAAAGGUUCAGCUCAUUGAUGACAUCCUCAGCACAUGCAUAGACAAGGAAACCCCACAGCCACAACAGGACGAAAUUAAUGUUGCAAUCCUACAAAUUGCAGGACCUAUUGUACCCUUUAGGGCGUUCAAACAAUCAGGCCCAAGAAAGCUGAGAAGCGUAACCGUAGAAGAAUUUAAACACAGCGCAUUCACUUGUUCAAAUUAUGGAAAGCUCGUGUCUGUACGAGUCCCCCGCCAACCAAAACCAUCUAACAUUUUUUUUAAGAAGAACCCUACCACCAUUACUACUCAGUGGACCAGUCUUAUAUCCGAGGAAACAUACACUGAAAAGUUUCGCUUUCAUCUGCAUUCCUCUGUCGGACCAGGCUUAAAAAGAAGCCUGGUAAACGCGGGACAAGUUAACGACGACUUCUUCGCCUAACUUUUUCCAUUGAAUGCUUAAAUCGAAAGUGUGUUAUUAUUCAU